AAAUACAAAACAGCUGUUUCAACAGUUUGCAACUUUGCAAAAUAUUAUUUGUUUCACGCUUUAAAAUCACUUUUUAUUAUUUUUAUUUAAAUAAAACGAUGUAAUGGUGACAAAAUAACGAGUUGUUAAAUUAGUGCUCAUACGAUAAGGCUGUGAAUGUCGUGAUACGUAUGCUAAUAUUAUUUAAAAAUGCGGAGAAAGUUUGUUUACAUGAGUUUACUUUUUGGAAUAGUAUUAACGUCUUGGAUUUAUUGGAAAUCUAACACAGAAUUUAAUAACACUGUUACUAUUCUUAGAAGAAAAAGUUACACGUUAAUAGAUGUAACUCUUAAACCAGUCAGCACAACAUGCAAAAGCCAAACGUUUCUAGUAAUUAUUGUGACCUCGUACGUAGGACAUGUAGAAUUAAGGAGUGCUCACAGGAGAGCUAUGCCUGCUGAGGAACUGAGAAAAGUAAAUGCAACCAGAGUAUUUUUACUGGCCCAAAUACCUGAGAAAGAGAAAUACAUAACUCAAUCUGCAAUCAAUGAUGAAAGCAACACUUUUGGUGACAUUCUACAAGGAAAAUUUGUAGAAAAUUACCGAAAUUUAACAUACAAACAUUUGAUGGGUUUGAAAUGGGCCUCCACAACAUGCCAUGAAGCAUCAUUCAUUCUCAAAGUGGAUGAUGACACUGUAUAUAACUUGAACAAAACAUACAAUUUACUAAAAACAAUUGACAAUCCUACUGGCUUAUUAAUGGGCUACAUGUUGAACAAUACCAAACCUAGAAGGAAUAAAGAAAACAAAUGGUAUGUUACAUAUGACGAGUACCCAAGAUCAGAGUAUCCAUCUUAUCUCUCUGGUUGGUAUUAUAUAACAACCCCUAAAGUAGCAGCCGCACUAUGUGACGAAGCAAUCUAUCACCCAUACCUCUGGAUAGAUGACAUUUUUGUGUCUGGGCUUCUCAGGGAGUCACUUGGGAUUAAGCUAAAACAAUUACCAGACAAAUUCUGGCUAGCAUAUUAUGAGUUACUUGAAUGUUGCCUAAAUGAUAUGAUAAAGAAAUCAAUAAAAUGUGAUUAUGUAGUAGGACCAAAUGGUGGAAGAAAUAACUUAAUACUGGAAUUUAAUGAUGCCAUUAGAAAUUGUAAUAGUUGGAGCAACUGUACUGUGAGAAGUCAGGAUCAAGAUUUAGAAAAAAAAUGUAUUGCACACAAGGAACGCACCAUAUUUGGUGAUGGUGGUAAAGCAGAAAUUCAGUAUGUGAAAUUAAAAUGAUCAUGAAUUUUUUUACAUGGAAUAAUGGAACCUUUCAAUGAAGUCAAGGUGCAGUAUUAUCAGAAAGAUGAUGUGAAGUUAUCAGUAAAGCUUUUACCAGUAUUUAA